AUGACAGUCACAUAUGACUCUCCCUCCCGGGGACCAACCAACACAUCAAUGGCGACCUUGGAGGAUCGAUUUCAAGUGAUCAAAGAAGUCGGUGAUGGCAGCUUCGGUAGCGUGGCGGUUGCCCGUGUGCGGACCGCUGGGUCCCAUAUUGCGCGGCGUGGAACAAUGGUUGCCAUUAAAACAAUGAAGAAGACCUUCGACUCACUACAACCUUGCAUGGAGUUGCGGGAAGUCAUCUUUCUGCGAACUUUGCCGGUUCACCCUCAUCUAGUUCCCGCUCUCGACAUCUUCCUCGACCCUCUUUCCCGAAAACUACACAUCUGUAUGGAAUACAUGGACGGCAAUCUGUACCAACUGAUGAAGUCCCGUGAUCACAAGUACUUCGAAGGCAAGCACGUCAAGAGUAUCUUGUACCAGAUUCUAUCUGGUUUAGAUCAUAUCCAUGCGCAUCACUUCUUCCACCGUGAUAUCAAACCCGAGAACAUUCUCGUUUCCACCUCCGCUCCCAAUGACUCGACCUUUAGUCGCUACUCAAACCUCGUCACUCCUCCUUCAACUCCUCCUACCUACACUGUCAAGAUCGCCGACUUUGGUCUUGCCCGUGAAACACACUCCAAGCAGCCCUACACAACUUACGUAUCUACUCGUUGGUACCGAGCACCCGAGGUCCUUCUGCGUGCCGGAGAGUAUUCUGCCCCCGUCGAUAUGUGGGCAAUUGGUGCGAUGGCUGUGGAAAUUGCUACCCUGAAACCACUGUUCCCUGGAGGAAACGAGGUUGAUCAGGUUUGGCGUGUGUGUGAAAUUAUGGGAAGCCCUGGAAACUGGUACAGCAAGUCUGGUGCCAAAAUUGGUGGUGGUGAAUGGCGGGAAGGCUCAAGGUUAGCGCACAAGCUGGGUUUCACUUUCCCUAAGAUGGCACCGCAUGCGAUGGACACAGUUCUUCAGCAGCCUCAGUGGCCUGCGGCUCUCGCUGAGUUUGUCACUUGGUGUUUGAUGUGGGACCCCAAGAAUCGCCCAACCUCGACUCAAGCUUUGAACCACGAAUACUUUGUUGAUGCCAUGGAUCCUCUGCGCCCCAAAUCUUCGACCUCGUCAAGACUGCUUGGUCGCAAGCAAUCAGAGCGCAGCUUCAAGUCCCCUACCCUUACCCCCAGCGAUUCUCCAACUCUCUCUACCAAGCCCUCAUGGUUCCGUCGCUCAUUGAUUGGACGUUCCGAAAGUCCUGUCCCCUCUGAGAUCGAUAGCCCUGUGAGACCUCCUGUUGUCUCAUACACUACCGUCCCUGAAAUCCAGCCUGUGAAGCCCCGUCCUGCAAACAACAAGCGGGCUACUUGGGCUAACGGUGCUCCGAUGCCUAUUCUUCCGUCCAUUCGCCCUGUUUCCCCUCUUUCAGCUUCAGUGACCGCUCAAGCCAAUGCUACAGUGAGUCACAGUGAGUCACUCAAGUCGGCUGAAAGCGAGGCCAGCAAGGCCAGCAAGAAGAUCGGUCGUCAGCUGUCUGUCAACUCCAAUGGCAAUCACUACUCUGACGUGCACCGUCAGGAAGCUGAGAAAAUGCUGAAUGCCUCGGGUAGCCUCACACCGACUACUAAGGAAAGCUUCUUCUCUCACCUGCGUAAGCGUGCUCGCAGACUUUCGGGCCGUAAUCAGGCAGCACCCGCCGAUGAUGUCGAAGCCAAUGCUGGUUGCAACCCCUGGUCUAACCGUUCCUCUAUGGCUUUCGAUGGUGCUAGCAUCACCGAUUCCAAGGGUAACUCUGAUUUGACUGAACUUGACAAGGCUCUUCAAAGCGUCAAGUACUCAUUGGACUCCUCAACUCUCGGCAAUGUUCCCGUGCAGCUGAACUCGGAUGGCAACAUCACUAAGCGUCAGUCCAUGCCCCAGGCUACCAGCACCAACCCUGGUCCUAUCUCGAGCAGGACACGCCGUGCAUUGCAAAUGACAAGUCACCCUGUCCAUCGCUACGAGACACCAGAAGAGGAGGAUGAGCUGUUGGAUGAGGUUUUGCACUCAGCCAGCAAGGCUGCUAGGCGGUUAGCUCAGACUCAAUCUCGUGCUCUACCAAGUCCUUAUCCCACUCCGUCGCCCACAGCGGCCAACCGUGACAGCUACUUCGAUACCCCUGUCAAGCAGGGCAUCUCCAAGGCUGACCCUGUGAACUCGAAUCGCCAAUGGCCGACUCCCCCUUACGAGGAAUCUGAGUGGAGUAGCAAGGCAUCUUCUCACUACGUCCCAUCGGGGUCCAACUUCAUCUAA